ACCAAAAGGACCACCAAAAGAUGGACAAGCAGAAGGAGCACAUCGUCUUUUUCCACCCGGAUCUGGGCAUUGGCGGCGCCGAGCGGCUUGUCAUUGACGCUGCUGUGGGACUGCAGAACCGCGGACACAGGGUUACUGUCUUCACUUCCUACUGCGAUCCAAAUCACUGCUUCGAUGAAGCGCGCGAUGGUACCCUCGACGUUCGUGUGCGCGGUAAUACCAUCGUUCCGGCAACCUUCCUCGGCCGCUUCGCCAUCCUCUGCGCCAUUUUACGCCAGGUCCACCUUGUCCUCCAAAUCGCACUAUUCUCCGAUGAGCUCGCCAAGCUUACGCCCACGUCCUUCUUCGUCGACCAACUCAGCGCUGGCAUUCCCCUUCUGCGACUGCUGCAACUUCGUCCGCGUGUCAUCUUCUACUGCCACUUUCCAGACAAGCUGCUCGCAAAGAAAGGUAGCCCAUUGAAGUCUUUUUAUCGCCUUCCAUUCGACUGGCUAGAAAGCUGGAGCACAGGAUGUAGCGAUACCAUUGUUGUGAACAGCAAAUUCACAAAGAGCGUCUUCGCUGAGGCCUUCCCCGGCCUACAGCACCGAAAGCCUGGCGUUAUAUACCCGUGUGUCGAUACUAGUGAUGGCAGCUAUCUUGACGAGUCCACGCCGCUGUGGAAGGACAAGAAGGUGCUACUUAGCAUCAAUCGGUUCGAAACAAAGAAGGACGUGGCGUUGGCAGUGAAGGCAUUUGCAGGGCUAUCACCUUCAGAGCGCCAGACUGCGCGUCUUGUUGUCGCAGGUGGCUAUGAUCCCCGAGUGCCAGAGAACGUUUCCACAUACACCGAACUCUGCGAUCUAGCCGAUUCUCUGCACCUCAAGCAUGCAACGGCGAAGAACGUCAUUACUGCGCAAGCCAUACCCGAAGACACCUCGAUCGUCUUCCUUCACUCCGUUCCAAACGCUCUAAAGACUACGCUUCUGGCAACUUCGCGCCUCCUCGUAUACACUCCACGCAACGAACAUUUCGGUAUCGUGCCGCUAGAGGCUAUGCUCGCUGGCACCCCAGUUUUAGCUGCGAACGAAGGCGGGCCAACAGAAACAGUCAUCAGCGGGCAGACAGGUUGGCUCAGAGACGUCAGCAAGUCCAACGACUGGACAGAAGUCAUGCGCAUUGCAUUGGAAGACAGUGAUGGCGAGCAGCGUCUGAAGGAGAUGGGCAAGUGGGGCAGAGAGCGUGUCAUCGCUGAGUUCUCUAAGGAGAAGAUGGCUGAACGGCUUGAGACAGAGAUACACGCUAUGCUGAAGAAGCAGGAACGUCCACCGCUGACGCCUUCCGCUGCAUUGCUGUUAGUCAUUGCUUUGAUGGGCGUGCUGGUGGCCGCAAGUGUUUGGCUGAUCAACAAGAAGGAUCUGUAG